AAUCACAGAAAAACAAUGGCUGCUACAUCUGGUGCUGUUCUAAAUGGGUUAUGCUCAUCGUUUCUUUGCGGCGGGAAGGGGAGCCAAGCUCUUUUGGGUGCUAAAGUCAUCCCCUCCCAUGCCGGUGGAGCUAGGAAGUUUGCCGUUGUGGCAGCCGCCGCAUCUAAAAAGUCUUGGAUCCCCGCAGUCAAAGGUGGCGGUAACUUCCUUGACCCCGAAUGGCUCGAUGAUCGUAUGCUCCCCGGAGACUACGGAUUCGACCCGCUUGGUAUCGGCAAGGACCCAACAUUCCUCAAAUGGUACCGAGAAGCCGAGCUGAUCCACGGACGUUGGGCCAUGACCGCCGUCGUCGGAAUCUUCGUGGGCCAAGCCUGGAGUGGCAUUCCGUGGUUCGAGGCCGGAGCUGACCCGGGUGCGAUAGCCCCAUUCUCCUUCGGUUCACUCCUCGGAACCCAACUCCUCCUCAUGGGUUGGGUUGAAAGCAAGCGUUGGGUUGAUUUCUUUAACCCCGAAUCACAAUCUGUGGAAUGGGCGACUCCGUGGUCUAAGACCGCCGAGAACUUUGCCAACGCCACCGGCGAGCAAGGUUACCCCGGAGGCAAGUUCUUUGACCCAUCGGGCCUUGCGGGAACCAUUCAGAACGGGGUUUACGUGCCUGAUUAUGACAAGCUCGAGAGACUUAAGCUUGCUGAGAUUAAGCAUGCGAGAAUUGCGAUGCUGGCCAUGUUGAUUUUCUACUUCGAGGCUGGCCAAGGAAAUACACCGCUCGGUGCUCUUGGGUUGUAAGGAAAUCAAUGGCCAUGUUUGUGUAGAUAAACUGGAAAUGUUGUUGUUUUGUUGAGAUGACAAUGAGUUCCCCCAAUAGAUCAAAAUUCUGAGUAAACUGUGAUCUAAUCUUGUUGAUUACUUACAGGAUCUAUCUGCUGAUGUAUUAUCGUUGCCAUGGAAAUUCUCAGGGAUAAUGAAUGUUGAAACUGCUAAAGUUAAAGAUUUAGAACAAUUCUGGAAUCA